AUGGGAAAGAAGAAGGGCGCCAAGAAGGGCGGUAACGACGACUUCUGGGAUGAGGCCGGCGAGUCCAUCGACAACAACAACGCCGCUGCUGCCAACGGUGACGACGACGAAUACGAAGCACCCACUCACAAGGCAAAGAGCCUCUUUGCAGCAAUGUCACUCGACGAUGGUGCCGACGAUCAGGAUAACGAGGACGAUGACGAGGAGUCAGCAGCCUCCGCAAAUAAGGACAACGAAAAGACCACCAAUGGCAAAGCUGCCGCUUCCAAGCCCGCUCCAGCGCCAGCACCCGCCGCCGCCAAUGACGACGAUGACAACUACGGCUUGAUGGGUGCUAUCCAAAACGCAAACAAGAAGGGCAAGAAGGACAAGAAGAAGAAAAAGAAGAACGAUGAUUUUGACUUCGACGAAUUUGGCGAGGAUGUCAGCGGCAACGCUGUCGCUCCUGCCGACGCUGACGCCAACGCGGAGCAAGACCUUGCCAGCAAGGCUCCUGUAGAGGGCACCAUCGACGACAUGCUCGACGACGAAUUCCCUGAGGACAAGCCAAAGAAGAACGGUGGCGCACAGAAGCAACAAGAGCAGAAGACCGACGAUGCCGAGGCUGACGAAGUCGAAGACGACGGUGCUCCCCGCAUCCUGACCAAGAAAGAGAAGGAGAAGCUCAAAAAGGAGAAGGAGAAGGCCAAGAAGAAAGCCCAGGCCGCUGCCAAGAAGGCGACCUCCGCUUCCCAACCGUCCAAGCAGGACGCAGCAGACGGCGACGCCAACGAGGAAGACGACGAUGAAGCCGCUGCUCUCACCGCCUCAGCCGCCUCGGACAAGAAGAAGAAGAAGAAAGGCAAGGGCGCGGAGCCUGCACCAGCACCUGCGCCAGCACCUUCAGCCGCCCCCAAGAAAAUGAACCCGAAGCUCGCCGCCCUGCAAGCCCGCAUUGCUGCUCAAAAGAAGGCCGAAGAGGAGGCAGAACAGGCCAGGCAAGAAGCUAUCCGUGCUGAGGAGGAGCGCGAACGUCUAGAGAAGGAGGAAGAGGAGCGCAAGGAAGCUGCCAGAAAAGCUAAAAAGGAGAAAGAAAAGGCCAAAAAGGAGCAACUCAAGAAGGAGGGCAAGUUUUUGACGCCCAAACAGAAGGCCGAAAAGGCUGCCGCCGAGGCCAGGAUGCAGGCCAUGCUGCAAGCCGGCCACAUCAAGAUCGAGGGCCUCGAGAACCGCGAAGCAGGUGCCAAGCCUGGUGCUAAGAAGCGCACUGUCGUCGACAACCGAAAGAAGAAGGGACCCCAGAAGCGCGAUGGCGGUCUCGCCAACCCCGAGCCCGUGGCUGCCGAAGACAAGGAGCAGGACACGCCUGCCGAGGCUGCUCCUGUCGAGGAAAAGGAGGCCGCUGCAGAGCCUGUCAACGCCGAGGAGCCUGCCGUUGUUGAGGAGGCAAACGAUGUCAAGGAUAGCUGGGACGCUGAAUCCGAGGAUGAGGAUGUCAAGGACGACUGGGAUGCCGAAUCUGACGACGAGAAGCCCGCCGCUGCUGCUUCCAACGACACUGCUAAAGCUGACACCGCCGCAGCUCAUGCCAAGACAAACGGCAAGCAGGACGUCGAGGAUCAAGAGGACGACGAAGAUAAUGAUGAUGACGACGACGAUGAGGAUGACGAGUCUGACAGCGACGAUGAGGAUGACGACUCGGAAUCAGAGUCAGAAGACGACGAUGACCUCACCUCUGCCCAGCGUCAAGCUGCCGAGAAGAAGGCUGCUGCCGCCGAGCGCAGAAAAGAGCGCACCGAGCAGGCCAUGGCUGCACGAAGCCGCGACGACCUCCGAUCGCCCAUCUGCUGUAUUCUCGGACACGUCGACACGGGUAAGACCAAGCUGCUCGACAAAAUUCGUCAGACCAACGUCCAGGAGGGUGAAGCCGGAGGUAUCACGCAACAGAUCGGUGCCACCUACUUCCCCACCGAGGUUCUUCAGACCAAGACGGCUGUGCUUGACAAGGACUCGCCGUUCGAGUACAAGGUGCCCGGUCUUCUCGUCAUCGACACUCCCGGCCACGAGUCGUUCACUAACUUGCGAACCCGUGGUUCGUCGCUCUGCAACAUUGCCAUCCUGGUCGUCGACAUCAUGCACGGUCUCGAACAGCAGACCCUCGAGUCGAUCCGCCUGCUCAGGGACAAGAAGACCCCCUUCAUCGUCGCCCUCAACAAGAUCGACCGUCUCUACGGCUGGAACCCCAUCCCCAACAACGCCUUCCGCGACAGCUUGUCCAAGCAGCAACGUGCCACGCAAAACGAAUUCGAGGAGCGCACCAACCAGGUCAUUGUCCAGUUUGCUGAGCAAGGUCUCAACGCCGUGCCCUACUACGACAACAAGAACAUGGGCCGAAAUGUCAGUCUGGUACCUACCUCGGCUCACACGGGUGAGGGUAUUCCGGACAUGCUGCGUCUCAUCAUCGAGCUCACCCAGACGCGUAUGAGCGAGAAGCUCAUGUACCUCUCCGAGCUCGAGUGCACGGUGCUCGAGGUCAAGGUCAUCGAGGGUCUCGGUACCACCAUUGACGUGGUGCUCUCCAACGGUGUCAUGCACGAGGGCGAUCGUAUCGUCGUCUGCGGUCUCAAUGGCCCAAUUGUAACCCAAGUACGAGCACUGCUCACACCGCAACCGCUCAAGGAGAUGCGCGUUAAAGGUGCCUACGUGCACCACAAGAUGGUCAAGGCGGCACUCGGUGUCAAGAUCGCCGCGCCGGAUCUCGAAAAGGCAAUUGCCGGUUCCAGGCUGCUCGUUGUCGGGCCCGAUGACGACGAAGAGGAUCUCAAGGACGAGGUGAUGAGCGAUCUCAGCUCGCUCAUGAACUCGAUCGACACAUCUGGCCGCGGUGUCUGCGUGCAGGCAUCCACGCUUGGUUCGCUCGAGGCGUUGCUCGAAUUCCUCCGCGUCAGCAAGAUUCCCGUCAACGGCAUCAACAUCGGCCCCGUCUUCAAGAAGGAUGUGGUGCGUUGUUCGACCAUGCUCGAAAAGGCCAAGGAGUUGGCCGUCAUCUUGGCAUUCGAUGUGCCUGUUGACAAGGAGGCCGAGAAGCUGGCCGAGGAGCUCGGCAUCAAGAUCUUCACAGCCAAGAUCAUCUACCACCUGGAGAACGACUUUACCAAGUACCACCAGGAGGUCAUGGACGGCAAGAAGAAGGAGGCUUCGGGCACCGCCGUGUGGCCGUGUCGCCUCAAGACGAUCGCCUGCUUCGCCAAGCGAGACCCGAUCAUCCUGGGUUGUGACAUCAUCGACGGCUCUCUGCGUGUAGGCACGCCGCUUUGCGUUGUCAAGACCGACCCAACCACGCGAAAGAAGACGGUGGUGCACCUGGGCAAGGUGACGUCGCUCGAGAUCAACCACAAGGAGCGCGACGUGGUGCUCAAGAAGGACGUCGGCGGUGGUGUCGCUGUCAAGAUCGAGCACGCGGUGCACGAAUCGGCCAAGAUGUUUGGCCGUCACUUUGAGGAGCACGACGUCAUUAUCUCGCACAUCAGCCGUGCCUCGAUCGACGCGCUCAAGGCGCACUUCUGGGACGGCAUCUCGACCGACGAGAAGAAGCUCAUCAAGAAGCUCAAGGGCGAGCUCGACAUUCCGUAA